AAACCCUAGCUAUAUAAAGCUUUGUUUCAUCUUCCCUCAUUUUCUAGGGUUUCUGGACGCCAUUAAAGCAAAGGUGUUUUAUACUGCAGCUCCUUCCUGCUCCGACUAAGUCGCCGACAAUGGUGAAUGUUCCAAAAACUAAGAAGACAUACUGCAAGUCGAAGGAGUGCAAAAAGCACACUCUGCAUAAAGUUACUCAGUACAAGAAAGGAAAAGAUAGUCUUGCAGCUCAAGGGAAACGUCGUUAUGAUCGCAAGCAGUCUGGUUAUGGUGGGCAGACGAAACCUGUCUUCCACAAGAAGGCCAAAACUACCAAGAAGAUUGUGCUAAGGUUGCAAUGCCAGGGUUGCAAACAUGUGUCCCAACACCCAAUCAAGAGGUGCAAGCACUUCGAAAUUGGUGGAGAUAAAAAGGGAAAGGGAACUUCUCUCUUUUAAGUGGCGAAUUCAGGGAGAUGGUGUCGUUUAAUCUUUGUUUCAUUUUGUUCUUUUUUUCCAUGUAGCUCAACAUCGUUUCUUUUGCUUGAUGAACAACUCAAGUCUGUCGUAAAAUACAUUAUUUCGAGUUUUAAAUUAACAUCUCAGCUAUUUUUCUCCUA